GAUGGUCACUGUGAGGUCUCGGUGGUAAAGGUGUUGAAGUCUGCCCUCUUGCCCAAGGGGUGGCACUUUAACAAGAUCUCCACAGAACUGGGUAUUCCUGAUGGUUUUACCCAGGAAAUAUAUCCCUGACAGCUUACCUUUCAUGAUGGAGCUAAAGUAAAUGCAUGACUUUUAAGGUAUGAAAAAAAAGUGACAUAUUGAAGGACCGUGAGUCUUCAAGAGGAAUCCAGGACUUAGCUAACAAAUAUCGUUAUUUGAGCGAGCUUUUCUCGGCAUAGUGUGACUCAGGAGACCCAAGGCUAAGUGUUAAACAUGGCUAGAUCAUUGUCAACAUCUACAUUUGUACAAGUUCACACUUGUUUUCUGUAGCCUCUACAAUGCCUUUCAUUAUUGCUUCGUCCAAAGUGUUGCCAUAUUUGUAAGAUUGCCAUUUAUAUUAGCCAGGGUCAUUGUUUCAAUGUUUGCGAUAUCGUGAUUGUGUUUUCACUGUAAUUGAUUUAUUAAAAAAUAAUGCAGGUAACCUGACCAAUAUCAUAAUACUGACAGUAGGUUAUUGGAGCUGACUAUGGUCACUAAGUUGUUUGUCAUUUUCAUAUGAUGAUACAUGACAGUUGAUUAAUACAGAAAUUUGUAUUGUGUCUAAUGAAACUAACAUGAUAUCAAGGUGAACAAAUUAAUCACUUAAUGGAUGACAUCACUGGAUCAAAUGAAAAUGUGUUUCUGCCACUUAGUGCAUUUUCUGAUGAUGAAUUUACUGCAGAAUGUUGCGAGGUGGAUUGUAUACGAGGGUUCAAGUUUCCCAUGCCUGCCCAGGACGUGGUUGCCGGGGGCGAUGGUAACCAUGGCAACCAGUCUGUAUGUAACCUAAUGGAGGAAGAAAAACCAGUCCUACACGGCGUCAACAUCCGUGCCGCCACCCCAGACAGGCUGAUACACUUGUGUGUAGUAAGUUUUGGGGAUGAUGGGAGUAUUUUGGAAGACAGUGAGUUUCCCAACGUGAUGUUCCUCAUGCACAAGUGGUAUACUACCUCAGACGAGCUCGCGCAGUCGUUCGUCCAACUUUACCAGAAAUGUGAUGAAGACAUUAUAUGUUCCGUUGCACAGUGUGCGCACCAGCCAACACAGAAAGACUGUCCCAUACAAAUAUACAAGGCCAAGAUGUGCUACGCUGUCAGGUACUGGAUUCGAAACUUCCCUGUUCAGUUUGACCUGGAUACCAAGCUGCAAUCUGAGAUCAAAAAAUUUGGUUCUUUAAUCCAGCGAAAAGGCAACAGCACUUUUAAGGAGCUUGUGGACCUUUCCAAAGUACCAUCGUAUGACUGGAUGCGGAGUAUAUCAGUUCGCAACCCGUCAAUGCGCCACAAUCGCAAGGUGUCGCUGGUGUUCAAUCAUCUGGAACCAGAGGAGCUUGCAGAUCACCUGACCUACCUAGAGUAUCGGGCGUUCAGGCGUAUCAAUUUCACAGAUUUCAAGAACUAUGCAAUGACAGCAUCAUUAAAGGACAACCCAAAAUUGGAGCGGUCGAUUGCACUGUUUAACGGCCUUUCACAAUGGAUACAGUGUAUGGUUCUGAGUAAAACCACACCCCAGCAGCGCGCUGAUGUCAUAGUCAAGUUCUGCAAUGUGGCUAAGAAGUUGCGAGUACUGCAGAACUUCAACUCAUUGAUGGCAGUGAUUGGGGGUCUCACACACAGCGCCCUGGCUCGAUUGUACAAAACCACUGCCUGCAUUCCCUCGGAAACUCAGAAGAUGUUAAUGGAAUACACAGAACUGCUGUCAUCCAACAACAACUUCAGCAACUACAGAAAAGUCUUUCACCAGUGUUCUGGAUUUAAAAUACCCAUAUUGGGUGUACACUUGAAGGACCUCAUUCUCCUACACACUGCCCUGCCGGACCGUGUGGAGGGGAACUUGAUCAAUUUCCGGAAAAUGGCUCAACUGUCACUGAUUCUUCGAGAGCUAACAAAGCUACAGACACAUGACUCCAUUCCGGGGGUCUACGCCAAUAUGGAUCUCAUAAACACCCUCAGGUUGUCGCUGGACAUGCACUACACGGAAGACGAGAUUUACGAGCUGUCUCUCGCUCGUGAACCACGGAACUCACUCUCCUCUCCAUCAACACCGACUAAGCCGGUGGUGUUUGCGGAGUGGGUGGCUGGUAUGAGGCCGCCAGAUCCGCAGACAAUCAACAAACAUGUCCAUGACAUGGUUGAGGCUGUGUUCAAAAACUACGAUAACGACAGAGACGGUUUUAUCUCACAUGCCGAGUUUGAGGCGAUUGCCGGCAACUUCCCUUUCAUUGAUUCAUUCUGCGUACUCGAUGCUGACCAGGAUGGGAUGAUCAGUAAGGCGGAGAUGAAGACAUAUUUUAUUCGUGCCAACUGUCAUGCGCUGCGGAACAGUUUCAAACACGACUUCCAUGAGAUCACAUAUUUUAAACCCACAUUCUGUAUCCACUGUACUGGCCUUUUAUGGGGUCUCAUAAAACAAGGCUGGAAAUGUAAAGACUGUGGAAUCAAUGCUCACAAACACUGUAAGGAUCUGGUUGUGAUGGAGUGUCGAAGUAAGGCGAGCGUGGCGUGCAACAGACGACUGGACUCACUCUCGUCAAAUGGUUCAGGCAGUCAAGAUUUGUCUUACUCCUCGAAACGGAAAAUGUCACAGCGACAAAAACGAACGCGUGUGCAUCGUGGUACACAGACGGAAGAGUGCUACUUUGUUGAUCCGUUUCCACGGGAACUAGAGGAAGGUGGAGAUUUCCGGGAAUUACACGAACGUUUGCUGAAGGCUGAGGAGGCUCGUAAUAAGCUAAAGGAGGAAAAUGCUGUGUUGAAAAUGCUGGUCAAGUCAAACGAUGAACAGAUUUCCUUGUUACGGGUACAGCUAGGUCAGAUUCAGAAAAACACCAUCUCCUUCAUUCUCGAACAGAUGGAUGCCCUACAUAUACAACGAGACUCCCGAGUCUAGCUACUCUACAGGUCUCCGCUCAGAGUUACGGCCCUUGGGAGUGAAAAUUGAUUAAAUUCAUACACAUUUAUCUCCCUUGGAAUAAAUACAUUGAUGGAUUACUAGUGUGACCACAAGUGGAUGUAACUGCUUUUUUAUCACUGCAGGCAGAGAUACCCCCUUUGGAAUAUAUGUUUUGUAUUAUAUUGGUCACUGCCAUGAAAAUAUAUAGAGUAACCUCCCAGAAAGAAAGAGUUACCCCUCCUGGAAGAAAGAGUUACCUCUUUUGGAAAAAAGUUUCUUGGAAGAAAACAUAUUGUUUGGAUACUAUUUCUUUGGUACAAUACCUUAUAACCUUUGAAAGAGAACAGUUUCAAGCUUUGGAAAAAGAUAUAAUGGUAUUUCGGAUGAAAGGAAGGUAACUGUUUCACAGCUUUUGACAAGAGUGAUGUCCCUUCAUUCCAGAGACUACAAGGGAUGGCUGAUAUAACUAUUAAUAUUAUUAUAUGGUGCAACGGAAAUAGGGUGUAUAUAAGAUUAAAACAUGUUGCUGCGCAACUGUUAUAUACCAUUGACAUUUUAAUGUAUAUGUUGUUCAAACAGUCAUGUAAAACAUAUAAAAGAUAUUUACCUCUUGUUUAUAUGAGGCUGAACCUAUGUAUGUGUACCCAAUUUGAACAAAUGGAAGUAGUUAUUAGACUUUAAGGAUUGAUGAAAUAGAGUAGAACAAAAUAGAGAUUUUGAUGCAUGUGAACAGUGAGUAUAUGAACAAUAUAACUGCCUCUGUGGGCUAGUGGUUAGAUCGUCAACUACGGAGCAUGACUACGGAGCGUGAGGUCGAAGGUUCAAUUCUUACUAGGGGCUUGAUAUGGCUGGUUACUGGCCAAGCAGCUAUUUAAGAUUUACAAACAAAAAUAAACAAUUAAUAACAAACACUUUAAUUUAAUCCACUGUUAUAAUUCAUAGGCUCAUUUUGCAUGUAAACACUAGGUAAAAGGAUCUUAUUUCCAGGAUAUAAGCUGUUAAAAACUGCUUGGCCUUUUUAGUCUUAAUUUUCUUGACAAAAGUUCAUGUUUAUAUUACCUUGCCGUAUGGUACAAUGGUAUUUUUAUUUUAAAGCUGCAUGAAAAAGCUAUUAUUUUCUAUGGGAAACUUCCUAAGAGCCUGCAUAUAAACAAUUAUUUUGAAUUUGAUCUCUAAAGCUAUUAUCUUUUUUGGUAAUAUAUUUGGAUCCUUUUAUUUAAGUAUGAAAAUAAAUUCUUCGUAUUGUAUCUGUAAUUAUUUAUCAUAUAUAUUUUAUAUUGAAAAAACCUAUUUAUGAAGCUGCAGUUUCAUGAUGAUGAUUUUUUACAUCAAUGAAGUGUGAAUUAAGGAUCUGAAAAUGAAUCUGAAAAAUUGUUUUAUUUCUAUUUACACGGUGCUUUGUUUUCUUUUAUUAUUUCUUCUUAUUAUUUUUGUCAUUAUUAAUACUUUCUAGUCUUUUAUUUUCUUAGUUUUCAUCUUUUAAUAUCUUAUUUUCUUUUACUUGUACCUAUUGUGUUUCACAUUGAACUGCUUAAACAAUGCUGAAGUCUAACUUGCACUUCUUUUUUAUGAAUGAUCUGCUUCAAAAUACACCAACUUUGUGGAUAAAUUGUUUGUUUAUACGUUUCAUGUUAUAAGUUUGUCUAGUUUUUAAAGUCAAUGAGUCAAGCCCUGAUUUUUGAAGGUUCUAACGUCCCUUAUAACAGGAUCGAGCUAAGCUUACUUUUUUGUUUUUGUAUAGUUUGUGUUAUAUUUACAGUUUUAGGAGUUUAAGGACUUUUAAUAAAAAUUAAGAUAAACUCAUUAUUUUAGUAAAAUGAAGGUCAGGUACAAAAUUUGACUUAAUAUAAUAAGCAACUUAAGCCUGUUAUGCUCAAGAUUUAUCGAGAAAUUGAGGCCAGCUAUUGUGACUAUUGUCAUAGCAACGGUGUUGGUGUCGGCGUUGUCAUCAUAAUGUUAACCAUGUAUUUCGAUUUUUACAAGCUGCAGAAGUAGCAUAAAGCCUGAUUUUUACAUCAUUCAAAUAUGGUUGUAACCUUUAUUUAUCAUUUUAUGAGAGAUACUUUUGUUUAUUACAUGAUUGUCCUUGUUUAAAAUGUUAUAGUAUAAUAUAACCUGACAAUGACAUCAUUUCAGCCUAGCUUUCUUUAGCUUAUUACUUAACAAAAUAGAAUACAAUCUUUACUCUUGGCAAGGAAUGUGUCAUAUGAUGAAACGGAUGUGUGCUACCUUAAUACAAAAUUUGUGAAUCUUGUCACGGAAAAAUGAUAAAGUUUGCAAAAGGCUCCCAUUAUAACCUUUCCUUUAUUUGUUUCAUAAUUGGCAACUCACAUAUGAUCAUAUAUUUAUCCAGGAUAUUAAUGUUUUAUAGCUAUCUCUGACCUUUUAUCUCAAAACCUGAGUUCAAACUAUAAGUGCCAUAAGCAUUAUAUAUUUCUGCCCCAAUUUCUCGGAAGUUCUUUAGCGUAAAAAGUUGCUUUUUUAUUAAACCAAAUUUCUUACUUAAUUUUGAUAUACUAAAUGAAAAUAAGAAAAUGUCCUUUGAUGGCCAUAAGCUUUUUAGAACUAUGGUAAAAUAUUAAACGAAUGAUACCAAAGAGAAAUAGUUAGCUGAGUUUAAUCCUGGUAUGACGAAUAAGACUAUUCGAGAAAUUGAGGCCAGGCGUCAUAUUUUGUUAGUGGUGUGAAUAAUAUACAUAACACAUGGACACCAAUGCCAUUUUCAAAACCACUGACAUUGAGAAAUAGCCUCUAUGUAUCAGUAAAACGAAUUUGAUUCCAUAUUAUACCUUUGAUUUCCUGUUGUUUAAUAAAUAUGAUAUACAAACUGUUUUAUGUAUGUGUCGAAUGAAAACUAAAAUAUCUAGUGCAAUAAAUUAUUUAAUCUGUUAUUCGAACAAAGGUGUGUAUUCAGUAUAUAUAAUGGUAUAAUUGAAUAUGUUAUUUUUUCAAAAGAUUUAAAGGUUGUUGUUUUUCCAAAUAUUAAAGUAUUAUUUAAAUGUUUUAUUUUAUUUUACUAUUAAAUUGCACAAUUAUAUGGAACUAGUUAUAAUGUAUUAUACUACUAAGCCAUAUUAAUUUUGUAAUAUGUGUUCAUACUUCUGUAUAUACUUUUUUCUACUGAUUUUGUCACUACCACCACCACCAUCAUCAUCAUCAUCAUCAUCAUCAUUGUCAUCUUCGCCAUCAUCAUCAACAUCAUCAUCAUUAUUAUAGUCAUCUCAUCGUUGUCAUCAUCAUCAUCAUCAUUGUCAUCAUCAUCAUCAUCAUCAUCAUCAUCAUCAUCAUCAUCAUCAUCAUCAUCAUCAUCAUCAUCAUCAUUCAUGUCUGUAUAUGGCAUAUUGAAAAAAUACAUUCCGAAUAAAUAAGAAUAUAACUAGGUUCAUCAGUUUGAAUGAGUAGAUAUAUAUUAGUUGUUUUAACACAAUUUGAAGACCAUUGACCAUGCACAUUUGAAGAAAACAACAUAUUUCUUGGUUUUAAAUCAACUCAGUCAUAUCUGAUACAUGAAAUGGUCAUGCAAAUGGUAAUCACAUUAAUUAAGAAAUUCAAAAUGAACAAAUAAAAAUGUUGCUUAUACAUCAAUAAGUUUUAAUGCAAAUGCUGCAGAUACACCAGUAAGAUCUAAUGGAACUGUGCAUGCACAUACAUCCGAAAGACUUAAUGGAAAUGCUGCACAUACAUCAGUAAGAUUUAAUGCAAAUGCUGCACAUGCAUCAGUAAGAUUUAAUGCAAAUGCUGCACAUGCAUCAGUAAGAUUUAAUGCAAAUGCUGCACAUAACAUCAGUAAGAUUUAAUGCAAAUGCUGAACAUGCAUCAGUAAGAUUUAAUGCAAAUGCUACACAUAACAUCAGUAAGAUUUAAUGCAAAUGCUGAACAUGCAUCAGUAAGAUUUAAUGCAAAUGCUGCACAUAACAUCAAUAAGAUUUGAUCAAAAUGCUGCACAUACAUCAGUAAGAUUGAAUGCAGAUGUUGCACAUAUAUCAGUAAAAUUUAAUGGAAAUGCUGUUCAUUAAUCAAAAAGCUUUUGUAGAAAAGAUUCUCUUGACAUCAUUCAUCUAGUUACAAAUAAAAAUGAUGCUCAUACGUCAGGGAGUUUUAAUGGAAAUGCUGUGAAUACAUUUAGUUGCAGAUUAAUCUUGAUUAAAAUUGUCUGUUUCUAGGGUUUGAUACAAUUAAUGCCCAUACAUAAUGAUUUAAUGGCAGUGUUGAACAAAAACUACAUGUUUUUGCUGACCUUCCAUAUACAUUAAGUACCUCAAGUUGGUGGCAAGGUGGUUAUGGUAAACAUACACGCUUUCCAUUUAGUCAUAAACUCUUGAGUUGCAAAUCUAGUACUAUGAUACAAACAGUAGUGUUACAUGUUCAUUAAAAAACCAAUAGCAAUAGCAUAUACAAUAGGAACCAGUAACAAUUUGCAUAUAUAACAGGAACCAGUAACAAUUUGCAUAUAUUAUAGGAACCUGAGCAAUUUCCAGACAUAACAGGAACCAGUAGCAAUUUACAUAUAUAACAGGAACCAGUAGCAGUUUGCAUAUAUAACAGGAACCAGUAGCAAUUUGCAUAUAAAACAGGAACCAGUAGCAGUUUGCAUAUAAAACAGAAACAAGUAGCAAUUUGCAUAUAGAACAGGAACCAGUAGCAAUUUGCAUAUAUAACAGGAACCAGUAGCAAUAUGCAUAUAUAACAGGAACCAGUAGCAAUAUGCAUAUAUAACAGGAACCAGUAGCAAUAUGCAUAUAUAACAGGAACCAGUAGCAAUAUGCAUAUAUAACAGGAACCAGUAGCAAUAUGCAUAUACAAUAGGAACCAGUAGUAAUUUGCAUAUAUAGCAGGAACCAGUAGCAAUUUGCAUAUACAAUAGGAACCAGUAACAAUUUGCAUAUACAAUAGGAACCAGUAACAAUUUGCAUAUACAAUAGGAACCAGUAGUAAUUUGCAUAUAUACCAGGAACCAGUAGCAAUUUGCAUAUACAAUAGGAAUCAGUAACAAUUUGCAUAUAUACCAGGAACCAGUAGCAAUUUGCAUAUACAAUAGGAACCAGUAGCAAUUUGCAUAUACAAUAGGAACCAGUAGCAAUUUGCAUAUAUAACAGGAACCAGUAGCAAUUUGCAUAUACAAUAGGAACCAGUAGCAAUUUGCAUAUACAAUAGGAACCAGUAGCAAUUUGCAUAUAUAACAGGAACCAGUAGCAAUUUGCAUAUACAUUAGGAACCAGUAGUAAUGUGCAUAUACAACAGGAAACGAAUAGCAAUUUGCAUAGAAAUGGGGAAACGAAUAGCAAUUUGCUAAUAGGAAAAGAACUAAUAGCAAUGUGCAUGUACAUGUAAAAACCAAUAGCAAUUCGCACAUAUAUGAGAAAAAAAAAUUGUUGGUACAUGAAGAAACCAAUAGCACGUUGCAAAUAUAUCAGGAAAUCAAUAGCAAAUUAUAUAUACAUGAAGAAACAAAUAGAAACGUGUUUGGAAUAGCAUUGUGUUUCUACGUGAAGAAACCAAUAUAAUUUUCAAAACAUAAAGAAUCUAUAAGCAGUUUGCAUAUACAUGAAGAAAUGAAUAGAAAUUUGCAAAUACAUGCAGAAGCCAAUUGCAGCUAUAUACAUUAAUUAACCAAUAGCAAUCUGCUAUAUACAUGAAGAAACUAAUUGCAAUCUGCUAUAUACAUGAAGAAACAAAUAGAAAAUUGCUACAUACAUGAAGAAACCAAUAGCAAUCUGCUAUAUACAUGAAGAAACAAAAAAUAAAAUUGCUACAAACAAUACCAAUACCAAUUUGCUAUGUCCUUGAUAAAUAGGAUGAGCACACGAAAAUUAUCAAUUUAUAGAAUGUUGCUAUUAUUAUUGCUCAUACAUAAGGCAACAUGUCCACAAUACUUCAUAUCCCUCCCCCAACCCCACUGUAAUACGAUUCCUUACCAAGGGCUCAUGUAAACAUACUAUAGUUAUAUUUGAUCAUGUUGAAUGUCUACAAUAUAGUCUGCAUCCAUUCAUUGUAAAUACCAUACAAAGCAAUAUUCAUGUACAUCUCUUUUUAUUUAGUGCCAAGAAGAAAAUAAAAACAGGUCCAUAUUCACCAAAUUUAGGACUCAGCGUAAGCCAGAUUAUAACGCCAUAUAUUUGUAUAGUGACUUAUCAUCGUCUUGCACCAAGCCCGUGAACUAUCCAUAGAUACCUGUAUAUUUGUCUCAGCAGUAAGUUCAGCGGACACGUAUGCACUGAUUUGUUAACAAUUUGCUUUUUGACAGUAACACAUACAGAAGUCAUAAAAUGUUUUUAUUGUCUUCAUUAUCAACAGUAACGUAUUAUUUUAAGUUAUCUGCACACAAAUAUUGUGCUUAGUGUUUUAAAAAGAGUUCAGUUCACCUUAUAACAAGGCCUGUCUGAUGAUUUUACUUUACUUAUUUUUCAGAAAAUACCAAUUCAAAAAGGAAAAUCUACCGCUCCUUUACUAAAAGCCUAUUUCUUGUAAGGCUACUUGUUGCAUAGGGCAAUUCUAAAUCAUAUUAUUUUAUAUCUAGAACUAAAAUUGGUAUAUAAAAUUAUUAUGUAGGAGUUUUGUUAUUGCCUUCUCCUGUUCUUAAACAAACUUCGAACAUUUGUAUUUUUUUCGCCCGCUUGCUGCAAAUGUUUUGACCAAAAUCUAUCGAACAAAUAAGAUUGCUCUGGACAAACAAUACGUUUAUAGUACAUAAAAAAAUCAGAAAAUCAUAUAAAAAUCACGCUACUAUGUUUUCCCGACUAGAAACUCCUUUUAUGGCGUCAUUUUCGGAAACGGAGAUUCCGGAAAUUGUCCCGUAUAAGCCAUGUUUUCGGUUAUUUAAAACUUUGAAAAACGCGUAAAAAUAUGGAUUUUAUCAAAGGAGGCAUAUAAUGGAAGGAAUACUAUGAUAAGACGCUUUCCGGACGACCAGUAUCACGUCUUGUUUUGUGUAUAAACAUCAAUCCGAAUAUGUGUUUAACAUACCAAACCCUACGUAAUACAGGACAUCAGAAAAUCCACAAUGUCCUCCAUAAAUUAUAACCAAUAAUUCUGAUUUAAAGUAAACAGCAUUUUUCUCCUUGGCACAUUUCGUUUGUAUAAUGGUGCGGGUCAUCUGAUAUACUUAACAAGGCGAAUCUCUCGUCUUGUAUAGCUUUUACAAAUGCGUUAUGAACGGAAAAUGCCGACAUACAUGUUAUGUUGAACACAGCUAUUAUACCAUCAGCUUUCACUUUUGCCCCUUGAUAUCUCAAAUAUGACAAUGUUAAAUUCAAAUGAUUUCGAUACGUAUCAUUUGUUAUUUUUUUCAAUAUUGUUCAUAAUAAACUAACGCUUGAUUGGACAACCUAACUGCACUAAAUUUCAAAGUCACAUAUGUUACAAUGCUGGUGUUCAUUUGUAUAGCAAGUUCCUUGUUGAUCUAUAAUACAUAUUCUCUAUUCUUUGUUACUUUUAUGUUGAUGUUCGUAUACUUAGAAUAUGUUAAUAUGUGAAUGACGGAGAUGAAAUAAAAAGAAAUAAAAAUGU